AUGACUCGAAAUGAAAAUAAAACGCAAACCGAAGCAGAAACAGAAUCUGGCAGCGAGCGAGGAAAAUGGAAAUGGCAGGAAAAUUCAAAUCACAAACUCGGUAUUUAUUUGCGAAGCGUAAAUGAUUACCACUUAAAAUGUGCUCGACUGCCACCUAAAAACCAAUUGUUGGAAAAAGCACAACCGAAAAGGAGUGGGUGGUGGAUUGUGGGUGUCCUGAAGGACACGAGCGAAGAAGGAGUGAAAGGACCAAAGGCAACAUAUGUUUUUUAUGCCUGA